ACCAUUUUGUUUUUUCUAUGGCGGUAAUUUGUCCAGAAACAGGGCACGGUUUCUGUAACUCAAACAUCUUUUAUAAGGCAGUUUUCCUGCAUAAUCUGAAAUCAACGAUAAUAUGGUCAAGAAGAAGUUAAGACAAGAGAGUAGCUCGGACUCUGAGCUAAUCUCAGAGGUGGAGUCAGAAACUUCUACUGGGGAGGCAGGCACUUCCAGUACCGAUGAAGAGGCAGGUAAUAGACGUGUGACCAGAAAUUCAACUCGCUUGCAGACUAGAGCUACUAAUCAAGCUCUGUCGAUGCAGCCCUAUCGGAAGUCGCCCCUGAAAGGUCGGAAGAGAAGCUCCAGUGUUUCCAACUCCCCUGAGAGCUCGGACACCGACAGCAAUCCCAAGACAGCCAUAAAACGAAAACGUGGUCCUGCUCCAAAAAACAACAGCAGUGCCACCACCUCUGAUGGGGAUUCAAAUGGGUCUGGAGGGGCACCCCACAGCCCGAAGAAGAGGGGCAAAACAUCAGGGGAGGACCCCCAAAACAGCCCAGUGACCAAACCAGGUGUGGCUAAACUAGGUGCGCCCAAACUGGGCGUGGGAAAACCAGGCGCUGGAAAACCGGGCAUAGGAAAACUUGGCGUUGUUCUCAACGCAGAGAUCGAAUCAAGACAGAGGAAGAGUAAACUGAUUGCUGUUGCUCAGGUUCAAAGGUCGUUAGAUAUUAUGGAGUUGAAAUGUCCGGUGCCCGGUUGUGAUUCAGUUGGUCAUAUCACUGGAAAGUUCAGCAAGCAUCGGACAGUCUCGGGAUGUCCGAUAUAUCACAACAUGACGCUGGAGGAGUGCAAGGCAAGAGCAGAGACCAGGGCAGACAAGGCCAAGCAGAAGGUGGAGGAUGGACAGGAAGAUUUAGAGGCUGGCUCUAAGAAUCUGCGCCAGUCCAAUCCAGCCCGACUCAAGCAGCAGAAGAAGUACCAGGUGCUAGAGCUGAGAAGACAACGGAAGGAGAUGGCAGCGGAUCAGAGAGAGAAGAAUCGCAACCAUCGGGAGGAGUACCACAAGAGUCGAGAGCCCCUCCUAGACGGCCUGACCUCCCAGUACGACAUGGACCUGUUCCGACAGGCUCAGAUCAGAGCUUCUGAAGAGAUGGAGAGAGAAAAUCACAGUGCACCCUUUGAUGGAGUCUUAAAGAAGAUUGAGUUCGGCCGGUUUGAGCUAGGAACCUGGUACAGCUCCCCUUAUCCUGAGGAGUACGCCCGGCUUCCCAAGCUCUACAUCUGCGAGUUCUGUCUCAAGUACAUGAAAAGCACCACCAUCUUAAGACGGCACACGGCCAAGUGUGUAUGGAGGCAUCCACCAGGUGAUGAGAUCUAUCGCAAGUGUAACAUCUCGGUCUUUGAAGUGGAUGGCAAGAAAAACAAGAUAUACUGCCAGAAUCUGUGCCUUCUUGCCAAGCUAUUCCUGGACCACAAGACGCUCUACUACGAUGUGGAGCCUUUCCUCUUCUAUGUGAUGACAGUCAAUGACUCAACAGGCUGCCAUAUCGUAGGAUACUUCUCAAAGCAGGAGAAGAACUCGUUCUUGAACUACAAUGUAUCCUGCAUCUUGACGUUGCCGCAGUUCAUGCGACAGGGUUACGGCAAAAUGCUGAUUGAUUUCAGUUAUUUACUUUCCAAGCGAGAAGAGAAGAUCGGAUCCCCAGAGAAGCCCCUCUCGGAUCUUGGACUGAUCAGCUAUCGUAGCUACUGGAAGGACGUGGUGCUUAAAUAUCUCAGCAAGUUUAGCGGCCGAGAAAUCUCUAUCAAAGAUAUCAGCCAGGAGACCGCCAUCAAUCCAUACGACAUAGUCAGCACCCUGCAAUCACUCAGUAUGCUUAAAUACUGGAAAGGGAAACAUCUCGUGCUGAAGCGCCAGGAUCUCAUCGAUACGUACCUCAGCAAGACCUCAAAGAAGAACAGCCUCAAGACGAUCGACCCGCUAUCGCUUAAAUGGACUCCACCUGUUGGCGACACAAUCUAGAUAUGACUUCUUCGACGAGAUCGUAAAAGCCCAGUUUAUACUUCCUGUGAAUGCGAUAGGAUGCAACUUUUUAGCCGAUCAGCUGAUUUCCUCAAUUUCUUUUCAAAACA